AUGGACCCUAGAUCGAACACUCGCCGCAACUGCGACUACUGCGUCGAGAAAAAGGUGCGCUGCAGCGGCAGAAUCGAAGGAGGGGCGUGCCACUACUGCGCCCGCAAGGACCACGUGUGCGUCUUCAGCCUCAAGCAGAAGCCGGGGCCCAAGUGUAACCGCCACAUCGGCGAGGGGGCACCGCCGUUUCGAGAGGAGUCCCUGGGGGUCGACGCCAUCAGCAGCGCGGCAGCCGCGCUUUCCCUGUCCGGGUCGAAGCCCGGGCUGGCGGCGGCAAUGGCUUGGUCGCAAUCGGCGAAAGGCAAGAGGGGCGGUCGGGGUUCGACGUCGAGGGCGUUUUCGGCGGCUGACAAGAGGCCUUUUGCACCCGGGUCGGUGGGAGACGGCAUCGGGAAUCGUGAUCAUGUCAUGGACGAGGCGGGGGGCGGACCUCCGGCGGCCAGUUUCUUGGACGUUGGAUGUUAUGGCGGGGGGGGACGCGCGGCGAACGGAGACAGCACAACCGUGCUCCCGCCCACGCCCAUCGACGGAAAGGUCGGUGGCAGCAGCGGAUCGUUCCUGGAGUUCCCGCACAAACCGGCGGCGUUUGAGGCGUCUGCGAAGGAGGACGAGUUGAUCGACGAGCUCCUAGGGCAGCUCGAGACCGAGGAAGACGCCGUUGAAGCUCAACAAGACCCGCAGCAGGAACAGAAGCCGCACAAGCAGCUUACCCCCCCGCCGAAAAAGAAGGUCAAGGUUAACCAGAUCUCCGGUCCCGAUCAGGCCGGCCCGGACAACGGGCUCCGGCGCCUUUGGAACCAAGCAGCUCCCGCCCCCCCCUGUCAGGCCGUCGCCGCCCCCCCCCGCGAUGCGGCAUCCGCAUCCCGUCCGCCGAGACCGGGCUCGUUGAACCCGGCCAUUACCGCAACGCAGAGGGUCGUUAGCGCAGCCGCUGCUUCCGCGGCGGCGGCGACGAUGACAACCGAGGCUGCGGCUGCGGCUGCGGUUGCGGCGGCGGCGGCAUCGGCGGUGGUCACGGCCACCGGGCCGGCGGGCGUUGCUGCCACCGGCUCCACCGUGCAGCAAGAGCAGCAGCAGCAGCAGCAGCCCCGCCCCUUGUCGCGCAUCAAGUCGAUCAACUCGAACGGCAACGGCAGCUGGCGCCGGCUCCUGAACCACCGCAGCUCGUUCAUCCUAGAGAACGGCGGCGACGUCUGCGGCCCCGGGGGGGGGCUGCUUACCUCUUGCUCCUCUUGGAGCGAACGCGGCGGCGGCGGCGGUGGUGGCGACGGCGUGUCGCGGGCGCAGUCGCCAGUCUUCGAGAUCAACGACGUCGCCGCGGAACCCUUUGGGGAACCCGCUGCCCUCGCCACCGCCGCCGCUGGCCCGGUCCAACAGCGGGGUUUCCAAGGUAGCGCAGGCGGUCUCGGGGCGGUGGCGGAGCCCCUGCAGAGCGUGACCCACGUUAGGACCCUCCCUUACGGGAUGACGGACUGGCUGCUGCCGGCAGGCGUGACCCCCAACGGAGACCUGCUCGAGGCUGUGUCGGGGGUCCCGGCAGCUGGGAUGUUGACGGCCGCCGACAACCACGGGGCUGUGCCUCCGCUCGCCGGCGGCGGCGGUGCCGUGAGCUGCGGCGUUGUCACCGGCGGCGACUACCAGUUUUGAGGUUGGUCGUUCGCGCGUUGGUUGGUUUCGAGCGAGAGUUUCAGUGGCAACGGGUAUGCACCGCGUUGGUGGUUUUGGUCGGGCGGGGGGACGGAGCAGGUUGCCUGUGUGCAUGGCCAUAGAGCGUCGGGGUCUUGCUCGCAGUGCCCGGGGUCGUGCAAUUUUCAUUGGCUGAUCCUCAGUCCGCAUCUUCCUGCUCACCGGAGUUGAAGUUGAAACGACGUGUCGUCUUGUCGAUUUCAGCUAUUCAAAAACACGCGCUUUUUUUUUUUUGGCAUGUGAUGAAUGGGUCUGCUUCCUUCAAGCUUUGUGCUCAUGCGGCAACCUUGUUGCAUUACGUGUUUAGCAGCGACCGAUUUCAGCGUCGAUGCUCGUGGUAUUUUUCUUGUGAAUUUCAUAUUUCAUUGGCGUAUAUUGCAAAAGAAACUCUACCGCAGUGAUGUGUGCUACACUUUUUGCGUUAGUCUCGCGCUGUUGUUGUAGCACUUGGGGUGAGAAAGUGAAUGCACGUUGUUGGUCGCGGAGAGUCAUGCCAAGACCAUUCAACGCAUGCUAUUUAGAGGUACUUGCGUGAUCCCUUUCCGGCCCUUGUGCAUUGUACGACCUUGAGUCGUUUCUUUGGCUGUGGUUUGCCACGCUUCUACACUAUGUACGUGUAUGUGCCAAGAACUAACAUGUUGUCACAGAGAUGGGUUGCAUACCUUCGGCCUUGAACACAAAGGGACGAGGCAUGACAACAUGUUGAAUUGUUGGUGAUAGAGGUGGGCCCUUGCCUUCUCGUGGGGGUGAUGGUGAUGGAGGGUAUGGGGGUGGGGCGGGUACUUCGUGAAUGAUAUAACGGAAAGGGGGGGGGGGGGGUAGCGUUGCCGUGCCUCCCGACGGAAGGUGGUGCUGUAGAGGACACCGCCGUUUCGUCGACCGGCAGGACUUUUCGGGCGCGGGUGCCGUUCCAUUUGCUCCCGGCACUAUUAUUCUGUACGGCAAUGAAAGGUUUUCUAGAGGGCUUUGGCGUGUGACGUUGUUCAACCGGCUCCUCGACUUCGGGCGAGGCCUUGGCCACAAACCGGGGCCAUUCUCCCCCGCGGAACUUGCAGUAGUACUUGUUUUAGUUUCGAAAUAAUAUGGUCAUAUAUCGUCGUUGGUUGAUUUGUCCCGGCAGUUUCAUCGCUGGUUUCUCGAGGGAACCGUCGCUAUUCUCUCGCCAUAGAUGAAAAUUGAGUUUGUUUCCCCUGUCUCCUCCUCGUGUAAGUCUUGUGGUAGCUAUGGCUGCUAUGGAAAAUAAUAGUUGUUGGAUCUUGUUUGCCUUAGGCACAAUGAAGCUUGCCUGCCGUGUCUGUUUGUGUUGUGUCGGUUGGUCCAUCUCUUGUCGGUCUGUGGUUGGUCAAUUAUUUGUUUGUCUUGUCUAUAUGUGUCUACGAUUGUGCAGACCUGUGCGUACGAGAGCAUUCCGCGUGAAGAAAAAGGUGCAUUGUGUAACUGAGUGCUGUGUCGUGUGUUCUGUAGAGCUGUCCCAAUUUGAGUGUGUUUUCGAACGUGUUGCAGAGAGGAAGAGACGGGAGGCAGAUGAUAUUGCGCCGCUUCUCGAUUUGUUCGUGCGGCACAUUUGGGGCAUCGAGCCUUGCCCUUGUUGCCAAGGCGUUGCAUUUGUUCUACUGUACAAGGUACUUUAUGGGGGGGAUGUUUCUUGAAACAUUGAGCGAGGAGGUACAUAUGUAGUUUUGACCCUGAAUGUGUUGUUUUUUGUUUUGUUUUUUUGUUAUUUUUUUUUGUUUUUGGUCGUGUCUUGGACGCACAGCCUCAAUCCUUGUGGGGUACAUGGAUGGGGGGGAUUGUGCCAGAUUUUUGUGCAUGCAUUGCUGUAAGCUGGACACCUUCCAAUACGGAUACCACAGUAUAUUUUUCCAGGGGGGAAAAACCGGCUUUUGUGCUUUUCUUGGCCGCGGUACCACGGCCACGGCGUUUGUACCGAAUGUUACCCCCUUGAGAAAGUUAAUGUAACUCGCCUGAUUGUAAGCAUCGAUUGACUGCAAAACGAACCAUGCAAGAUGGCUCGAGAAUCUGUUUUGCACCACCGAGUGUACUUGAGAAAUGGGGGGCGGGUAUUGGGGGUACAAGAGCGAAGAGGCACUUCCCGGGGAGAGAUGCAGCAGCAACAGCCGACGGGGCAUGAGGUGGUGACGUCGGCAGUUUCACGUGGUUAUGUUUCCCUUUAGCUCUGUUGUCGGCGGGGGGGGUUACAGACGUUGUCUCUCUAGUCUCAGUGUACUACAGCCCGUGGAAUGCAGUGAGGAAUUUAGAUUGACUGAUUCAAGCGAAAUGUCAGCUUGAGAGGGCUCACCAGCAGUACACACUCGUUCCUAGUCGUCUGUACUAUCUAGUAUGUUUCCGGUAGUUGUUUCUCAUAUGUUGAAACUGGUGUGUACUGAUUGUUUUGGGUGCUGAGGGUGAAGACCCGGGUCAACGUAGUAGUGCUCAUCUCCUCUCUCCGUGUUCCUGGUUUUCGUUUCGACUUGUUUGCGAAGUAAAGACUGUACUGGCGGGUGCUCUCUCUCUCUGUCUUUGUAGUUCAGAAGUUGGUUUCUAUUAUAGCACUCCCCCCCCAAUAAUCUGUCUUCGCAGAUCCCUGUGUAGACUCUACAUAGGAAAUCCCGACCAUCGAAAGAAUGGCAAAGAGGUUUCGACCCUCUUGCAAGACGACAAAGGCGAAAGCCUAGGCUGCUGCCGCCAUGUGCCAAGUUCAAACUGCCCAUGUCGUACUGGAAAAUAGGGUUUAGACUGAAGCCAUUUAUAUUUGUUAGGAAAUGUCGCGCUCAGGGUGUUUGUCGCCGUUUUCUCUGGAUGGAAUUAAUUGCUUUCCUCGUAUUUCGCCUUGACAACAUGUGCGUUUGUUCGGGUGUUGCAUGCGAUGUUUGUUUCGAGUGUCGGACGUGGUAAACAUGUGUUGACAGGCGCAGACUGACGGCCAGGGUGGAUGGGAUGAAAACGCGCGCGCACACACACGUCUUUUCAUUGGUCAGCGGGGUAGCGCGGUCGAUGCUAAUAAUAAGAACGCACACGAAGGCGUCACGUGCUGUGUCGUCGGAGACGUGUAUGGAGUGCAAUAGAUGGGAAUCGUUGGACCAUGUACCAGAGAGGAGUCGGACAACUACGAUCUAUCUGGUAGAUACAUACACUAAUUUGGGAUCGGGUUUUGACGUGCGCUGAUUGUUUGCGUGUGUUUCUUAUUAGCAUCGACCGCGCUAUCGGACUCACCAAUGAAGAGAGCGUUCGUGUGUCCGGCUCUCGGGGGUGGUUGCUACUGUAGCUAUGCUUGGUUUAUUCACCGCGGUGGCCUACGGCAGGAUAUCCAGGGGGUCGUCGUUGCUGUUGCCGUUGCAGCUGUAAUAGCAGCAGCUGCUCCCACUGCACAUAACGCACCCUCUACCACAACUAAUAAACCAAGUUGAUGGG